AUGUCCAUCGCCAACAUAGUAAAAAGCUCCUUAGGACCGGUCGGGCUUGAUAAAAUGCUUGUCGACGAUAUUGGGGAUGUUACUAUAUCUAAUGAUGGCGCCACAAUUCUGAGUCUUUUGGAAGUAGAGCACCCUGCAGGACGUGUUUUAGUGGAACUUGCCCAACAACAAGAUAAAGAGGUCGGCGAUGGCACUACUUCUGUUGUGAUCAUUGCAGCUGAGCUCCUUCGCCGAGCUAAUGAACUAGUGAAAAAUAAAAUACAUCCGACAACUAUUAUAACUGGAUAUCGGUUAGCUAGUAAAGAAGCAUGCAAAUAUAUUGCAGAUCAUUUAACCGCUAAAGUUGAUACACUUGGACGUGAAUGCUUAGUUAAUGUGGCCAAAACUAGUAUGGCAAGCAAAAUAAUUGGAACUGAGGAUGAAUUCUUUGCGAAUAUUGUGGUUGAUGCUAUACAAUCUGUAAAAUCUUCAAAUUCUCGUGGAGAAACCAAAUAUCCCGUCAAGGCUGUUAAUAUUCUAAAAGCACAUGGGAAAAGUUCACGGGAAUCAAUAUUGGUCAAAGGUUAUGCGUUGAAUUGUACCGUUGCAUCACAGGCAAUGAAAACAAAGAUCACAAAUGCGAAAAUUGCAUGUCUUGAUAUGAAUCUGCAGAAAGCAAGAAUGCAUCUUGGAGUCCAAAUUACAGUCGAUGAUCCUGAUAAAUUAGAAGAAAUUCGAAAACGUGAAGCGACUAUAACCUUGGAAAGAAUUCAAAAGAUUCUUUCGGCUGGGGCUAAUGUAAUUCUUACUACCAAAGGAAUUGAUGAUCUUUGUCUCAAGAUGUUUGUGGAAGCUGGUGCAAUAGCUGUCCGCCGCUGUCUCAAAGAUGACUUGAAAAGAAUUGCCAAAGCUACCGGCGCCACCUUAAUAUCGACACUGGCAAAUCUCGAUGGAGAGGAAACGUUUGAAUCUUCAUAUCUCGGUGCAGCCGAUGAAGUCGUACAAGAACGCAUUUCCGAUGACGAAUGUAUACUUAUCAAAGGGACAAAAGUUCAAAGCUCAGCGUCUAUUAUUUUACGUGGUGCAAAUGACUUUAUGCUUGAUGAGAUGGAAAGGUCUUUACACGAUUCCCUGUCUGUUGUGAAGAGAACGUUAGAAAGUGGAAGCGUGGUGCCAGGUGGUGGCGCUGUUGAAACAGCACUUAGUAUUUAUUUGGAAAAUUUUGCCACUACAUUGGGUACACGCGAACAGCUUGCUAUAGCUGAAUUCGCUAAUUCUUUGCUAGUAAUCCCGAAAACCCUUGCAGUAAAUGCAGCCAAAGAUUCAAUUGAUUUGGUUGCUAAACUACGAGCCUAUCAUAAUGCGUCUCAGAACGCAAAUCCGGAUGAUCCGACCAAAAAUCUAAAGUACUACGGGCUAGAACUUCUUAAAGGCGAGAUUAGGGAUAAUCUUCGGGCUGGUGUGCUUGAGCCAGCUAUGUCAAAAAUUAAAUCGCUUAAAUCCGCUACAGAAGCAGCUAUUGCUAUCCUUCGAAUUGAUGACAUGAUUAAGGUGGAGCCUGAACAGAAAGGAGGUGAAGAUGAUGGUCACGGUCAUUAA